AUGUGGCUUCUCGAUGCAGAUUUGCUACGGCUCGUUUUCUUCGCCAAUGAAGACCAGACCCCGCCCUACUCAAUCCUUUCACAUACCUGGCCUGAAGAUGAACUAUCUUUCCAAGAUAUAAUGUCUUUACGUACUGGUACGCACUUUUUAGGCAGGACUGGAUGGUCCAAAGUGCAGAAUGCCUGUCGUCUCGCAUUGUCUUUUGAACUCCGCUAUAUCUGGAUCGAUACUUGUUGCAUUGAUAAGUCCAGCAGCGCUGAGCUCCAAGAGGCAAUAAAUCCCAUGUUCAGAUGGUACGAACUAGCAGAAAUAUGCUUUGCUUACUUUUCCGAUGUUUCUGUGUCUGAAGAUCCGGAAAUCACAGGGUCGUCCUUUCGUCGCUCCCGUUGGUUCAAGAGGGACUGGACGUUGCAAGAGCUAAUUGCGCCGACUAAAUUUUCUUUCUACGAUAAAGAUUUGGAAGAAAUCUACAUGAGACAAAGUAUAGCAGACGUGAUUGAAGAUAUCACUGGUAUUAGAAAGCUCUUUCUGUCCGAUGCACGUUGGCGUGGAAAGAUAGGCAAAACGCUAUCGACAGCAAUUGUUGCUGAAAGGAUGUCCUAG